AUGAUUACUCUUAGCCCAGUUACCUUUCUUGUGGUAUCUUUGAUCAUCCUUUUCAUCUUUCUAGCAGUCAAUUAUGCGCCCUUGAAAGUGAUUAGAAGUCAAUUCCUUGGUUCUGAUUGGGUCCCAAAGAAAGACUUGAAAAAAACUUACCUGAACCUCUCAGCUGAGAAAAUUCAGAGGCCAAUUCCACUUAUGAUUUCACCAGAGGAUGUGAAGACCUAUGAUGACAGGCCCUGGAGGCCAUUUAGAUGGCCUUAUCAUCAGACAAUGUCUAUUUUUAAGCUAGAUAUUAACCAUUGGUUGGAUAUGGACAAACAUUAUUGGCACUACAUUCAAGAAAAGGAAAGAAUAAGACUAAAAUUUGGUCAAGAGGAUUUCAAUAGCUUGUCCAGUGCGUACGAAGAUUGUGUGGAAUUGAUGGAGACCGUAACAGAUCAUAUGUUGACAAGAUAUCCAUUGCUCUUUAAGCUUAUUGACAACAAAGGUGAUAACGGUAAAGUCAUAAAAAAUCUUUUAACAUCUGAAACUCUUGAUAUGAGUUUGCCUUUAAAAGAACAUCCCUUAACUUACAUUUCCAAAAUGGCGAAAGAAGACUUCUAUGUCGUAAAAAGAAACCCAGAAGAUGAUACGCAUUAUUUGGCAGCGGCAGCCGUCCCGUUUCCCGGAGGAAGUUUCAAAAUUUGUGACAUUCUUGGUAGAAAAUUAGAUGUCCUUCAUGAUCGUGUGCCCUACUAUAAAGAAAAAUUGCAGAAAUCAAUGGAAAAAUAUAUGAGUAAGAUGAAGGUUGCAGAUCCUGUUGAGAGAGCUUCGUGGCAUAUCACUUGGGAUCAUAAACUAAGAGUCAACAAUGUAUACCAAAUUCCUAAGUUUAAAGAUGACGUUGAAGAACUUAUGAAAAGUUCUGAGCCUAAAGACUUUAAUGUUAGAGUCGAAAGGCAGACCUUACGUAGGUUGCCAAAGUCUAAAGCAAUUAUCUUCACCAACCAUCCAGUUUUCUAUUCGAUUGAAGAAAUGAAAAAUGAACCAAUGGUGCCGUCUCUACUCAGGAAAAUACUUUAUGAAGCACCAGAAGAUAUUAUUAAAUAUAAAAAGUUUGACAUGUUCAGAGACCAUCUUUGUGAAUACCUAAAUCGACUCAUCAAAAGCCAAUUAGAAAGAGGAAUUAUUGACAAAAAUGACCCUGUGAGAACUUUGCCGUCAUAUCCUUUCGCCUGCUGGUCGAAGACAGACUAUAGCGCAACAAGUGGUUGGAACAAUCCAUCUUACCCCAAGCAAGAAUCUAAUUAUACUCAAAAGGCACGAGAAGAAACAUACUUCGGAAAUGAUUAG